ACAUGGUUCGGCCAGGAGAUUGAGCCAUCGAAUAACAGUGGUACAAAAGGCAUGCUUCACGUGAGCUCGAAAACGUUGCGGUUGCUGUGCCGCGGCGUCCACACGAAGCCGUCGGCCGAGGAAUCUGUGCGUGUUCGAAGGCUUUUCGACGGACUGACCGCCGGGGAACGGGCUGCGUUAGCGCAGUCCAUCACUCUCGUCGAGUCGACGGCUCGGCGGGACCACGACGAGGCGCAGCACUUGCUACAACUCGUCCUCCAAGAGAACAAGGCGCGCAGAAAGGGCCAGCUGGGGUCCUUUCGCAUAGGUACUACUGCCACCACGCAGUACGACAGCCUUCAUAACUCGUGCUUUCUCUUUAACGAAGGCCUCACUGGGCCACCCGGAACGGGCAAGUCGACGUUUAUCGAAACUUUCGGCAAAUUCCUCACCGGUUCUGGCUACAAAGUGGCGGUGCUCACUGUGGACCCUUCCUCAGCUGUGACAGGGGGAUCUCUGCUUGGUGACAAGACUCGUAUGAUCCAGCUGACCAGAGACCCGAAUGCCUACAUUCGGCCAUCACCGACUCGAGGACAUGGUGGGGGUGUAACCCGCACUACAUGUGAUGCCAUACAACUCUGUGAAUGUGCAGGCUAUAAUGUCGUCCUGGUCGAAACAGUUGGUGUAGGCCAGAGUGAGUACAUGGUGGCCGACAUGGUGGACCUGUUCCUUUUGCUCAUACCACCUGGAGGUGGCGAUGAAUUGCAGGGUGUUAAAAGGGGCAUUGUAGAAAUGGCCGACCUUAUAGCUGUGACAAAGGCUGACGGUGACCACAUUCCCGAGUGCAGACGCAUGGCUGCAGAGUACAUCAGUGCACUCAAGUUCAUGAAGCCUCGAAGCCAGCUGUGGAGACCCAAGGUUCUUCAGGUGUCUGCAAAGGCCCAUGUAGGCAUCUCUGAAUUGUGGGGUGUUGUGCAAGACUAUAGGAAUGUGCUUGAGCCCACUGGGGAGCUGGACCACCGUCGCCAACGGCAACGAGUGCGCUGGCUGUGGACUUACGUGUGCUCCGAGCUUGAGCGCCGGCUACGUAGUCAUCCAGACGUUGCCACUUGUACAGCUGAACUGGAACAUGCAGUCAUUGAAGAAACCAUCACACCUGGCCAUGCCUGUGAUGAGCUAAUGUCACACUUCUUCAAGGAAAACAGCUAAAGGUGCUGCAGACAUCACGCUACACUAGUGUCCACUAGGCAAUGGCGAACGGCAGUG